AUGGUUCGUUCGCGAGCUACGGCUUUCUCGCAGAACAUGAAUUUCCUCGUGCUCCCAAAGGUUACGGUAAAUAUACCUACGGCGAAGGUGAAUACACAAGGCUGGACGGUGCCUAACGGGAUCAUCCUGGCGGAUCCCACCUUUUUCAAUCCAAGCUCAGUGGACAUGGUGUUGGGCAUCGAAUCCUUUUUUGAUUUCUUCGAAACUGGUCGAAGAAUUCCCCUCGGAGAUCAAUUGCCGACACUAAACGAAUCAGUGUUCGGUUGGGUGGUCUGCGGAGGUCUGACAAAUCCAAGUCAAGGCUCAAGCAUCAAUUGUAGUACGGCAACUACACAAGGAUUAGAGGAGCUAGUCGCACGGUUUUGGGCUAGUGAAGAGAUUGGCAGUUCCAAGGUUCUUUCGUUGGAGGAAAGUAAAUGUGAGGACAUUUUCCGGAAGUCGGUUCGCAGGGAAUCCGACGGUCGAUACUCCGUUUCGUUGCCGAAAGAUGAAGACGCAAUUUCCAGGUUGGGCGAGUCACGGGACAUCGCAUUCCGGCGGCUUCAAGGCACAGAACGUAGAUUGGCGAGGGAUGUUGGUCUGCGAGAACAGUACCAUCAGUUCAUGGAGGAAUACAUCCGAUUAGGGCAUAUGACGAAGAUAGAGGAAACGGCUGAUCUCGAAAAACGAUGCUAUCUGCCACAUCAUCCGGUAAUUAAGGAGGCCAGCACCACAACUAAGGUCCGUGUGGUAUUCGACGCAUCAUGCAAGACGUCGUCCGGCGUUUCGCUCAAUGACGCUCUGCUGGUGGGACCGAUUGUACAGGAGGACUUACGAUCUAUCAUGCUCCGGAGCCGCGUCAAGAUAAUCAUGCUGGUAGCCGAUGUAGAGAAGAUGUUCCGGCAAAUCUUUGUUCUACAGGUGGAUAGGCCACUCCAAUGCAUUCUAUGGCGCUUCGAUCCGUCGGAACCGGUAGGCGUGUACAAACUCAACACUGUCACGUAUGGAACGAAACCUGCGCCCUUUCUGGCAACGCGUACAUUAAACCAGCUUGCGAUGGAUGAAGAAGAACAGUACCCAAUGGCUGCAAGGGCAACCACGGAGGAUACGUAUAUGGAUGACGUUAUCACAGGAGCGGAUACGGUCGAAAACGCAAGGGAGCUAUGCAAGCAACUCAACGAGAUGACUUCCAAAGGAGGUUUUAAGCUUCGGAAAUGGGCAUCAAACCAUCAAGCAGUAUUGGAAAGCGUUUCCGAGGACAAUCUGGCUAUUCGAGUUUCGGAAGGGAUUAAUCUGGACCCUGACCCAGUUGUAAAAACUCUAGGGUUGACUUGGAUGCCUACUUCCGAUCAACUGAAGUUUCAAUUUACCAUUCCGGGUUGGAAUGCAUCACACCAACCAACCAAAAGGGAAGUUCUGUCGGUGAUCGCCAGUUUAUUCGAUCCUCUAGGACUACUCGGUGCUGCAAUCACUACAGCCAAGGUUAUUAUGCAGCUUCUGUGGAGGAUUCGGAACGACGAUGACCAAGCAUUAGAUUGGGACCAGCCACUGCCUUUGACGGUGGGUGAGAUGUGGAAGAAAUACUACGACGAGCUUCCUCUGUUCAACAGCAUUCUUAAUCCAACGGAUGAUGCAGGAUUUUUGGAGAAGGUGGCGAAGGGAGUAUCUGUGCCAGUUGCAGGGCAGGUCCAAGCGCUGGAAGCCAGCAAUUAA